AUGCAUGAGUCAACAACAACAACAACAACAGCUUAUCUUAUUCAAAAGAAUGGUCAACGUUUAGAAAAUUAUUGUGAAACACUCUCUUUCUUGUCGGCCAUAUUGCUCGUCUUCAUUGAUGCAGAUUCCGGUUAUCUACAUUCUUGUCUUCUUAUGUUGGCUGCCGUCGACAAAGUCGAUAAAGUAAAUGCGUCUAAUGGAACUACUGAAGCUGGACUCAGCAAUGGAAAUGAAGGCAGUAAUGCUGAAUCGUUGUCAAGACCGACUGCUGUAUGGGUCGAUGAAGAAACCCAUGUUGUUUAUGUGGCUGAUUCAUCCAAUGAACGAAUUCAACGUUGGUUAUAUAAUGCAUCUAUGGGCGAUACUAUUGCUGGCGGAUCAGGUCUUGGUGAUAAACCUAAUCGAUUCGAUCAGCCAGUCGAUUUAGCAUUUGAUAAUAAUGGAAAUCUCUAUGUGUGUGACCGCCUGAAUGACCGUGUUCUCAUGUUUACAUUAAUCCAUAAUCAGCCGUGUCUUCCAACAUCAACAGGCAGUUUAACU